CGAUGGUGGUCCCGUCGUGGACCUUACUGUUGCUGGCGAUGCCGCCCCAGCGCUUCCUCUCGUCCAGGAACCACGGACGCAGAGGGCCGGCAAGGAGAUCGCCGGUGCCACCUAUCAGAAAGUGAUAGAGUACCCCGUCGGCGGGGGCGUGUUUAAUGAGCUCGUCCCCGGCCACGUCGUCCUGGCCAAGGCCAUGCCGGCCAAAGAUCGGGCUCAUUUGAAGAAGCUCGAGGACCCGAAGAUUUAUGAGGGCGGCAUGGAUCUUCUCGUCCAAAGUGCCUUCAUGCUUAUGGAAAGCCAUAAGAGGCAGUACUGGGAGAUAGUCCGCCUGCAAGCGCUGGAGCAGAAGGCUGCCUCGGCCGACGAGGCGGUAGCUUGCCUUGACCGGCUCCGGGAGGAUGCC